AUGGAGUACAUUGGACGUCACGCUACACCCACUGAACUGAAAGAACGUCCAUAUCGUAAGCUCUCUCCACAUAUCGAAGUUUGGAAGACACCUGGACAUACGCAACAAGAUCUUACCGUCCUGGUUCAUGACGUUGCUAAUUACGGCACAAUGGCCAUUGUCGGUGAUCUUAUACCGAGCGAAGCACUUGUCAGCGAGAAGCGAGAUGCUUUGGAUGUGGAAAGUGUUUGGGAUUCGGCUAUAAAACGUCAAAACGCGAACCUUAUCAUCUGCAUGGCCGACUGGAUCGUACCCGGACAUGGACAACCGUUCCGUGUUCUGCCACACUACAGGUUG